CGCGCUCGUUUCCACCCACCGGAAGCCCAAACCGCCACAUUUCCUCUGCUUUCCCCUGAGAAAACUAUCCCCAACUCUCCCAACUGAACCCUAGAAAAGCAUCCCAGCUCUCCAAGUGACCGUAGAAUGAAGCUGAGAAAAAAUGCAUCAUGCUCCUACAACUUGCUCAACCACAGUAACAAAUGGGCAACUUGCUCCCAGUUGUGACCAGACCACCGCAAUCUUGUUUGUCCCAGGUGUAUAAUAAGUGCCCGGCCACCACUCUCGCCAAAGCCAAAGGCCAAACCAUCGUCUACUCAUCUUUCUUCCUUCCUGAAUCCUAACCCAGCCAGGGCCAGCUCUCUCGCCAAAGCGCGCGCGCACCAUCCACGCUACGAGCCAAGAAAGCUUGGCUCGAGGGGAGCGCGCGUACGUAUAAUGCCGUACACGGCAUCGCGGCCGUCGGCGCCGCAGAGGGCGCGGGUUGCGGCCGGCGGGGGGUGGAAGGCGGCGGCGCACGCGGCGUCGUGCGGGGCGGUGCCGGGGGAGGUGGCGCGGCACCACGAGCACGCGGCGGGGGCCGGGCAGUGCUGCUCGGCGGUGGUGCAGGCGAUCGAGGCGCCCGUGGGCGCGGUGUGGGCCGUGGUGCGCCGCUUCGACCGGCCGCAGGCGUACAAGCACUUCAUCCGGAGCUGCCGCCUCGUGGACGGCGACGGCGGCGCGGUCGGGUCGGUGCGCGAGGUGCGGGUCGUGUCGGGCCUCCCCGCCACCACCAGCCGCGAGCGGCUGGAGAUCCUCGACGACGAGCGCCGCGUGCUUAGCUUCCGCGUCGUCGGCGGCGAGCACCGCCUCUCCAACUACCGGUCGGUGACCACCGUGCACGAGACCGCGUCGGCGGGCGGCGCCGUCGUGGUGGAGUCGUACGUGGUGGACGUGCCCCCCGGGAACACCGACGACGAGACGCGCACCUUCGUCGACACCAUCGUGCGGUGCAACCUCCAGUCGCUGGCGCGCACCGCCCAGCAGCUCGCCCUCGCCGCCUAGGGCACGCCGGCACUCACCGGCCUCCACCGGCUCAGGCGCGUGCCGUUCUUUUUCUUUUUCUUCUUCUUCUUCUUCAGGAAUUCGGUCGUCGUUGCUUAUUGUUUCCUGGCUCCUUGUGUUUGUUGCCUCCAUCGACGAGGCGAUUGAUCAUGAUCAGAUCAGCGUGUGGUUCUAGCUUGUGUACGUUUACCCCUCAUCAUUUUUCACUACACAAAGUACAAAUCAUUGUGUUAGUCCCUGAUAAUACUAACCCCUGUUCAUAAACAUUCA